AUGGAGUACUCGGACAUGUCUGAUGGUGAUACGGGUGGGAACUGCCCCUUUUGCAGACCAAAAGCAUUCGAAAAUUUUGAAAAUACUGAGGAUGCUUUUUUUGCCUGGUUAGAUGAUAAUACAAAUACGCUUCGAAAUUAUAUUUACUCACAUGCUUCCCAAAGUGUCGUUGAGGAUUUACUUCGCGCCUCAGCUUUUAAAAAAUCAAAGAGUUUGUACCCUUCCCAGUACGCCUUCUCACGGAUGAAUUCACUUGUUGCAUCCCAAUCAAAAAAUGAAGAAAUGCCGAUUCGCAAGAUUAGCAGUAGUGAAUUCGAGCCACUGGCAUUUCAUCCAAUAUUAGCGACUGGAAAUGAUGGAUGUCAGUCAUUUCUUGCAUCUAUGUCGAUUGGUUGUGCUUCUUCUAGGAACGAGUGCAUGAAUCAGAUGCCAUCCAAAACAGUGUCAACUGAAACGUCUGGUUUGCCCUCGAACAUCAGUUGCGAUCAGGAAGAAAAACCUGAGGGACUAAAGGCCCUCUCUGAUAGCUUUAAGGAAUUUUACUCCAAUAAAGUUAUGAAAGAACUAGUCUUGGAUAUCUGGAGCGAUUCGGAUUUGUCGUCUCUUUGUUUCAAAAUCCUAAGAAACGCUUGUCUUCUUUUGAAUGCUGAUCGAGCCUCUUUAUUUAUAGUGGAAGUAAAUUCUUCAACAGGCGACCGAUUCCUCGUCAGCAGAUUGUUUGAUGUGACCGCAAAAUGCACACUAGCUGAAGCUCUUCAUAAAUCUGAGUCAAAAACCAUCUCUCUACCUUUUGGUGUUGGAAUUGUUGGUUGGGUAGCACAGACAGGCGAAGCCGUAAAUAUCUCAAAUGUUUACGAAGAUCCCCGCUUCAAUCGAGAGGUGGACUUAAAAACGGGAUUCCAUACACGCUGUCUCAUCUGUAUGCCAGUAAAGGAUGGUGAGGGCAAUGUGCUAGCUGUAGCUCAAGUCAUGAAUAAGAAACAACAAAAGCAAGUGGAUGGAGGCCACACUUCUCUCGUGUUCUCCACCCGUGAUGUUAACCUAUUUGAGGCCUACACCAACUUCUGUGGUAUUGGCCUGCAUCAUGCACAAAUCCUCUUCCGGAGUCAACUGGAAACACGUCGUAGUCAGGUCCUCCUGGAACUGGCGCGUCUCAUAUUCUCAGACCAGUCAGAUAUUAGUCGCUUGAUUUAUUCAAUUCUUAUGCACAGCCAAUCCUUACUUACUUGCCAACGCUGCCAAAUACUUUUAGUUAACGACCUCAAGGAUGAUAUGCCUGAUACGGAUGUGUUUGGAGCGGCCUAUGACUACACUUGGAAGGACAGAGAGUUGGAUUUUGAUGAGAUACUAAAAAGAGGACAUAGGUACGUUUCUUUUGGUGUCUUCUGA